CCCCUGUCCUACAGUGAUAGUGAUAGCGUCUCAAACCAGUCAGUCCCCUGGCGGCAUGCCACGACGAAUCGACGAUCAGUCUCUCUCUCGUUGCUACGCUAAUCGGACGUCGGCGCUGGCUGGCUGGGUUGCUUUCUCUCUCUAUUUCUCUCCCCACCCCCCCUCUCUCUCAGGCUGUUAACUCAUACGCGAAUCCUUUCACUCCGUACUUUCGUCCGCAAAGACCUGCUGGAUGCUGAUUUAACCGUCUGGCUUUCCGUUGUGACAGGAGUAACGGUUUAUGGAAAUUAUCCCGCUGUGAAAAAUAAAACGCGAGAGUCUGUGCUACUUAGGAAGCAUGCUAAUUGCACAUUCUCUUGACGCAUAAAUAUGUAAAUACACAAAACGAUUAACUUGCAUGAAAACGCCAUGGGGCACCAGUGUCCGGACAAAAGCUCGCUUCUGAAACCCGAAAGGUGUCUGUGUGUCACUCUUUCCCCCAUUCAUUAAACAACAAAUGACGCAAGAAAUGUCAUCCAACUUGAACACGCCUUCCAGCUCCGACAGGCCGCCCAGAUCGGGGCGCCAAAAGACCUCCAAAAUGGAGAGGUCCCACUCCCAUACGCUGUCCGAGAGGUUCCUCGACUUAGUGCCCCGAAAGAUGAUGACCUUUGGAAGAAAGGCGACCCACGACGACCGAGAAUCCGAACGCGACGACGACGAAGACAUGGAAAGCCGGAGGAAACGGGAGACCAGCGUCAUGAAAAGGUGGAUUGUGUGUGUGACUGUGGCGGGACUUGUCGUCUCGGCGCUGGUUCUGGCCAUCGUUUUGGUGUCGCUGUUGUCGUCGUCCAAAUCCGCCGGACCUCCAGAACAAGACACCACUAUAACUGAUCGUGAUCGUGAUGAGGACCCUCGGGUACCCCAGGAUGCAAAAGGCUUCUACGACUUCGUGGUUCAAAGCCUGGAAGGGGCGAUGAACGACACAGCUCACCCCUGCGACGACUUCUAUGAGUACGCCUGUGGGCGAUGGCCCAUUCAUAACCCCCCACCGACGGGAGUUUCCCGCUGGAGUAACUUCGAAGAGCUGACUGUCACAAUUUGGGACUUGAUGCAAGAACAACUCGACAACGUCGCUCGCGGGGAAAAGGGCUCGACGCCCAAACAGGGCAACAAGAGGCGGCCGUUGCUGGAGGACGCGAAUCCCUUCAUAGUCAAUUUAGUGGGAGUCUACUACAGCACCUGCGAGAACGAGACGCACCUCGCUAGUCGAGGGGCGGCGCCUCUCAAGGAGGUUCUUGCCAAGAUGGACGACUUGUACACUUCCAAACUGCAAGAACUUCAGCCACUGGCUGUCUUCCAGGACAUGCUGGAGUACGUGCACCACGAGCUGACGGUGCACGCCUUCUUUGGGUGGAAGGUGGAGAUGGACAACAGCAUUAAAAACCAAAUGGUCAUUGAACUGACAGCUCCUAGCGGGGACCUUCUACCGCAAGGCACUGUCGUGGACGGCAACAAAGACUUGAUACAAAUCUACAGGAAAUACGCUACAAACCUACUAGAAAUUGUAGGCACAUACAAAAACGGCCAGGCGGAAGACGAGGCACAGGUCAUUAUCGAUCAGCUGAAAAUGUUCCACCCCUUGAGCGGCUCUCCUUUGGUCAACGUCACUAACGUAGUGCAACUGAAUGACCUGGCACCCUUUCUAGAUUGGCAUAAGUACUUCAACGACGCUUUCAACAAAGUCGGGGCAUUCAUCACUCCCACUGAGCGGAUUCUCUCCAUGAUUCAAGAGUAUCUGCUCCAACUAUCGGACAAAAUAACAGCUGAAAUCUCAAGCAACGGAUCCCAGAGACUUUAUAAGUACCUCCGUUGGCAGGUCAUACAGUAUUACAGUCAGUUUCUACAUAAAGAGGCAAGAAACGCUAUUCUACCCUUGUUCGACGGCAUUAGCGGAGAAAACACGUCGGAGCUGCCAAACUUCCGCUAUCGCCCUUGCAUUAAGGAGCUGGAAGACAGACUCGCCAUCCCAAUGGGGUAUUUACUGCUGGAAACGGUGAAGAAGCAACUUCCAGACAGGACCAAAGUGAAGGACAUUGUGUCAACGAUUGAAAACAUGGCCCUCAGGAUCCGCGACACAUACAAGGUCUACAUAAACUCUUUCCGCUGGCUAACAAAAGAAGCCAAGGCAGUUCUCACAGAUAAACUAGACCACAUUAACAUCUUGGUCGGUUACCCGCCCAUCCUAGACGAUGAGCACCUGCUCCAAACAACGUACGAGCCUUUGGAAUUCGAAAGGGGCCACUUGAUCCAAAACCAAAUCAACUUGCUGAAAUUCAACCGAGAGAGAAAGAUGCGCUUCUUGCGACAACCGGCCUCCUACACUGAAUGGGAGCUCCUCUCCCCAAUGUCCCUCAUCAGCUUUUACGUCUACCGUCGCAAUACCCUCCUCGUGCCACUGGGAGGAUUCAUGCACCCACUGUACAGCCAAGACCUUCCGGAGGCCCUCUCCUACGCUACGAUGGGGCUCUUCAUCAGCCACGAGAUCGGCCACGCCAUUGACUUCGUCGGUCGCACCCGUGACCAUUACGGUCGCACGAAUGCCACCCUGUGGGACGAGUCCACAGUCACAGACUUCGUGCAGAGGGUCCUGUGUCGUGUCAACGAGUACUCGGAGCGAUACUACCCGGUCGAGGGCCUCCUCACGAUCGCGGAGGUGAUGGCGGACGACGGAAGCAUCGGCACCGCAUACAAGACGGUACAGCGUCGCCUUCAGGAGACGCGAUUUCCCGAGCCCCUGCAGGAGUUCAUGCGCAACAAGGGGCUCUCCCCCGACCAGCUGUUUUUCCUUCACUACGCCCAACUGUUCUGUUCAGCUUCCCCUCCCGGAGAACCCCUCAAGGGCAUCGACCACUACCCACCGCAUCCUGUCAGGGUUCGAGCCACACUGGCCAAUACCCCGGAGUUCCAUCGAGUUUUUAACUGUCCCAAAGGGUCGUUCAUGCACCCAGUCAGAAACCAGACAUGCGAUAUAUGGUGAUACAAACUGAAGGUGUACUUAUGCAAAAUACUACUACAAAACUAUCGUUUGAACAACAAAUAUGCUUAUUUACAUAUCAGUUCGUGCCUUAUUCAACGAAUCAUCUGGAUAGAUUCCUUAAGAAACCAGAAUUGUCAAAUAAAAAAGUGAACAAACGUGAAGUGACAUUCCAAGGUUACCUAUGUUGAGCAUUUUAUAAAAACAGAAGUGUGAUAUUGAAGAAAACGUUUCAGCCAACGCAUUUUUAGCUGAAAUAUACUGAACAGCAUUGAUCACUACAUAACGGAAUGUAAAACAUACUUUAAGUAUCAUAGGUGAAUUGAAAUGACAGAUGAAUGCCGGGCAUUCUCCAGUGAUUCUCACAAGACGAUCUUUCACCAGACGUUUUUUUGAGACUAUUAAAACAAACGUUUCAGUGCAGUGAAGAAAAGGUCGGGUCCUUCAUAAGAGAGCCAAAUGAACGAGAAAAACAUUUCUUAACUUUAAGCACAAUGUUGUCUUUUCCAGCACAAAAUGCAUGUUCACUCAAAGAGUACAAUAUUUUUCUUAACCCUGCACAAAAGCUGUGAUCCACUGAUGUAAUAAUGUAACAUCUAAGUAUUCAUGUACGUUAACAAGUUGCAUUUCUCAGCAUUAGCGGCACCAUAAAUAUAGUAUGUAUAUUUUAUUUAGAAACUGUUAUUUUAUUUUCCCCAAAACACCCACUAUCAAACCACCAGAAGGAAAACAAAACUCAUUUUGGAAAUUAUAAGGCUGGACGGGCAUCAAGAAUGUAACACUUCAAAGUUCAUUUGGAAAAAAAAAAUACUUUGCUUUUGGUAAACUGAAACUAUUCACCAGUUUAAGGUUUCAAUAGCACCCCCUUCAUCUCUAACAGCUUGUGUUUAAUUCAACAGCAACGUUAUGCUUUCACUAAAUGUCAUUUUACUUCAAUAUAUAGCCACUGCUCAGUCAAAUACAUCUUUCCAUUAAAAAUAAAAACUUUUCAUUACAAAGAUAAUGCAACGCCAACAUCACCUUUCCAUUCAAUCGAUAACUGCCUCUAAUAAAGCACACUACAGCAGAAAAUGUUUAAAAAAAUUUUAAAAUUCAACAUAUUUAAUUCCCUGUAACAACGAAUCAAGAAAUAAAAAAACUAUAUCUAAUUCUGCAAUAUUUCUUUUUAUCAAGACACCAAAAUCCUGUGUGAAACUUUCAAUAUUGUUUUAUCUAAUUCUACCUUCUAGUCAAAUUCCAUAACACUACGAAAUAGUUCAAUUCCGGCACAUUUUCAAAAUAUUGAAAGUGCAACUACGUACUACUUUUGCUCUCCUAGCGAAAAAUCAUUAUGAAAAGGAUUC